GUUUCUACUUUGUUUGAUUGUAAUCGGUGGAUUUGAAGUUUAAUAACGUUUCAAAGACAUGAUUUAAAAAGUUCAUGUUAGUGAUGCAUAUUUCAGCGUUGCUUCAGCGUCCGGUGUGAACCCGGCGUGAGGCUGAAGAGCUGCGGGUUCCGACCCCUGAAACUGACAAAUAUGGCGACGACUCAGCUUUGGGUUUCUCAUUGUAGUCAGUAGAUGGCGCUGUUUCCAUAUGAACAGGAAGCUGCUGAGCACAAACCGCUUCCCGUUUUGUUGGUACAAUGUUCAACAUCAUGUAGGCUGAUGAAGACCGGAUUCACUCUAUGAAGUAUUUCCUCACUACGUCGUCUCAAGUCCAAACCUUUCCAGAGUUUGUGGCUGUUGGUUUGGUUGAUGACGUUCAGAUCGGAUACUAUGACAGCAACACAAUGAAAGCAGAACCCAAACAGGACUGGAUGUUAAAGGCAACUGAUUCACAGUUCUGGGAGAGUCAGACUCAGAAUGCUUUGAGAUUACAGCAGUUCUUCAAAGACCGCAUUGAAACCUUAAAGGAACGCUUCAACCAAACUGGAGGUCUUCACAUUUACCAGUUAAUGUCUGGAUGUGAAUGGGACGAUGAGACUGGAGAAGUUAAAGGUUUUGAGCAGCAUGGUUAUGAUGGAGAAGACUAUAUAUCAUUGGACCUGGAGACAGAGACGUGGAUCGCUCCAACACCAAAGAGUGUUUUCACCAAACUGAAGUGGGAUCAGGAUAAAGUUCGACUCGCAUAUAAUAAGUACUACUACCUCCAGGAGUGUCCUUCCUCUGUGAAGGAGCUCCUGGAGCUUGGGAGGAGCUCUCUGCUGAGAACAGAGCUUCCCAGGAUUUCUCUCCUCCAGAAGUCUCCCUCCUCUCCAGUCACCUGCCACGCUACAGGUUUCUACCCCGACAGUGCCGUGUUGUUCUGGAGGAGAGAAGGGGAGGAGCUUCAUGAGGACGUGUACCAGGGAGAGGUCCUCCCCAACCAUGACGGGACCUUCCAGAUGAGCGCUGACCUGAAGGUUUCAUCCAUCUCCCCUGAAGACUGGAGGAGGUACGAGUGUGUGUUCCACAUCUCUGGUGUGAAGGAGGACAUCGUCACCAAAUUGGACAAAGACUCAGUCGAGUCCAACAGAGAGAAGCCAAUCAGCAUGACCAUCAUCAUCAUCAUCAUCAUCAUCAUCACUAUCACUGCAGUGGUCGCUCUCGCUGUCGUCAGCGCUGUCAUUGGACUCAUCGUGUACAGGAGGAAGAAAGCCCAAAGUACCUCACCUGCUGGAACAGAUCCAGGUGCCUCAGAGCCGCUGAGAUCAGGUGAUGGAGGUUCUAAUUCUCCAAGUGAGACGUCCUCCUGAACACAGUUUAUGGAUGAGAAGCAGUGUCACCACAGUCUCCCCCUUACGCUGGGAACUCAUUGAUUAUUCAUCACUCAAAUCAUAAACUGAUAUUCAGGGUCAGACAUUGAUUGAAAUCCAUCAACACAACUGACAAAUAUGACAAAAAUAAAUGGUUGGGUCGAUUAAAUUUGAUCUUUAGUUAAAAGUAAGAAAUGUAAACUUCCCUCUGAUAAACGUUUGUUUAAUUAUUGGUAAAUAAAAUGAGGAUUUUUACUUUUUCUUAACCUGUAGUGAAGUGAAACACAUUUUCAAAAACAAGGAAAGUAUAACAACACUGUUCACAUGUAGUUAAUUUAAAGAUCAUCUCAGUUACAGUUUUAUAUUCAUGGUGUUGGGGCUUGUAAAAUACUUUAAAUAAUAUAAAUAUAAAUAUAUAGACACCCACACAUCCACAUUUUAGAGUCUGGAUAUAUAAUCUGUCUCAUGAUUCAGAUUAUAUUUGAGCGUCAGUACAAAAUUAGUUUUCAAGAUGUGUAAAUAUUCAGAUUUUAUUUUAUUUCUAAUUUGGCCUGAACAAGAAAUGAAUUAAUCCAGAGUUGCUUGUUUUGUUUGUUUGGUUAUAUUCAUUCUUUGCAGUGUUCUUAACCUUUAAAGUUCAUUUGAGUGGUGAUUAUAAAAGGGUUGUUGGAUGUUUUAAGUAUCUCAUAUGAAAUGUUCUGUUUAUGUUUCCUGUUAGUUUUUACGGCAAGAGACUUUUCUGUUUUAGCCUUGUUAACAUUUACAAUGCAAAAAUAAAAAGGUUUGAACUGCGCAAAAUUACUGAACUUAUCUCUCGUGAGUUAAAAAACUUCACAUUUUCUCAAAGCUGUGAGUUCUAGUGUCCCUGCUCGUCAUGCUCCAGAGGAUUCAAGCAGUUUAUUCCACAUGCAGACGUGAAAUUGAUCACCCUGAGCAGUGACAUUCUCCAUAUGAACAUUUGAAUACAUUCAUAUCGUCCUGUUGAUCACUCACAAACUUUACCGUACUCACUCAGUCACAUUCACUCACUCAGUGUUUGUUCUGUCACACGUCAAUCACACACAUUGUCCACGAAGCUGUCAGGGGUAGUUUUAGAGUUCUGAUUCUUGCUUAUGGACACUUGGGCAUGCGGACUGGAGUAUCUGGGGAUCGUACCUGUGCUCCUCUGGUUAAUGGACGAUCCGGUCUACCUCCUGAGCCACAGCAGCCGAAACAUGCAGCUGCAGAACCAGAAUUUCUGUCCUGUAUUCAACCUAAACACUCACCUUCAUGACGUUAGGUCACGUUUCCCCUGAUGAGACGUGAGACGUGUCAUAUCACAAACGUACCAUUUUGUGUUUUCCCAACUUAACUUCAGCAACUUUACAAAUUUAACUUAGUAAAGUUAGUUGAAGCAAAUACGUUUACAAAUCCAUUAAAUAUUCUCUGUUGAUUAUGUUUAGAAAUCGCAGUAACACAAUUUCAAGUUUUCAUUUUUACAGUGUAGAAGCUGAACGUUUGAGGCUCAAUUUUCUUCUUGUGUCAGAUUUUUAUAAAUAAAUGUUAAAUUAAUCUGCUUUGCUGUUUCAUUCCUUUUGUACUUGUGUUUUUAAUAAAGUCUCUGAUGUUCUCUGGGA